AUGGAUAUCAGUGGGGUAAGCGGGGAGCUCGGUGAUGAUGAUGGCUCUUCCGACAGAACGAAUGAUUUCAGUCUCGAUCCCAUCUUCGGAUGGGGUUCUGAUAUGCCCGACUUUGGGUCUCUGAACUCGCAAGGCAACCUCGUCAGCGAUGUCGAUAUCGGCACCUUGAUUUCUAAUGUCUAUAAUGAUGACAGUCCGUUGAGCUUCCAAGUGAACGGGCCUCCUUCACCUCCAGCGUCAAAUCCGCAAUGGGAAACCUUUACCCAGUCUGAUUCUUGCACCAUCACCAAGUCAGGCAAUGAAUCUAGAGAUGCGACGCUGGGGACCUUCCAAAUCUCGGAGGCCAGGCGAAUGCAAGUGAUAGAUUUAGGCCACGCGGUACGUUUUCGGGCUGUCUUCUCAUGGAGAGUUCGUUAUUAA